AUGCCGCAAUGGACGUCACUUUCAUCACCAUCCACGGCAAGUCGCUCGCCAUCCCUUGACCUGUUCCGCCUCUCGUCCGCUUCUGCUGGGAGCCCGUUGAGGGGCACUGGCGGUUGUGGUGAUGACUGGAAUUUGUCGCGUGACGCUUCGAUCUUGUAUGCGUCCGACAGCAUCCAAGUUGUGCUCGGUUACCAGCCACAGGAGGUCUUGAACCGAUCCUGUUGGGACUACUUCCAUCCCAAGGAAUUGCAGUUCGCCCGCAGUGUUCACGGGCGCGGUGUUCGGCUCGAUAAAGCAGCGGUCCUCAACUAUUGCUCGAUUCGCCACAAGAAUGGUACAUGGGUCGGCUGCGAGUGCGUCUUCACAGUCGUCUACGAUGUGUUGAUCGCGAGCACCACCAUCUACGGUCAAGGGCGGGGAAGUCAGAAGCGUGCCAUUGAUGCUCCCAUCGUCCGCCAGCUGUUCGAUUCUUCUCCACACGACCCUCGCUACCACAUGCUCACGCUCUUGUCCGACAAAUUCUCCCGACGGCUGGCCGAGCCGCUUCAUGAGCCUCGUGCGGCGCUUUUUGUCAAUCGCUUCACUCGCACCGCAACGAUAAUGUACGCCACCAGCGGCGUCACGGAGAUUCUCGGACUUCGCCCACAGCAGCUGGUCUCCAAGAGUUUCUUCUAUUGUAUCCAGGAGCGCUGUCUCCGGGACGCGGUACGCUGUCUGGAAAGUGCCAAGGCCAACGACUCGAUUGCAUAUCUACGAUUUUGGUUCCGCAAUCCCUUGCUUGACGAAGAUGUCGAUAUGGACUCGGGUGGAUACGCCGACCCCGCUUCCGGGACUAAUAACGAUCCAUCCACCCGACCAGGGCCUCCGAUUGAACUGGAGGCCGUUGUGUCUUGCACCUCGGAUGGUCUCGUGGUGAUUCUCCGUCGGGCACGAGCCCCCAUCCCCAGUGCAGCUCUCCCACCUCAGCCGGUUCCAGUCUACUCGAAUGGCAUCUUCGCGGCCCCGUGGGCUCUCGAGCCCGUCUAUGCAUAUGGCACGGCGUCAUACCCCCCUGAUGGCUAUGCGAAUUCCGCAUAUCCGGAAGCCAAAACGACGCUCUGCAGAGAGAACGACAUUUCCCCCCUGGGUCUUGGAGCGACGACCACGACCGAUCAGAAUUUUGGCUCCAGACAUCUGCCUCACCCGGCUGCGUCCAAGAGUGCUACAUCGCGUGGUCCGCAGGAGACUCUUCUCAUGGAUACUAUUCGGGAUGUGGCAGUCUUUGCGUGGGGCAUCGUCGGCAUUAAUCGCUCUCUGGAGCAGCAUAAAUAUGGAUCGCCGUCUGGAAAUGCCCAUCCAGACGCAAUGAUGGAUGAGACAUGGGAAUCAUGA